UAAAUAUAUUUAUAUUUAAAAUGAAAAGAUAUCAAAAUAUAUUAUGAUUAAAAUAUUUUAAAAAUUCUAUUUAUUAUUAGUCUGAAUUAAAAUGUAGUAUGAAUUUUUAUGAAUAGGUCCAUUAGGUUCAUUUUUUAAAAAAUCACACAUGAAUCAAGGUUGUGACUUCUGUUUUAAUAUAUAAGAUUCUACAUGGUUAUCAUCAAUUCACACAUGGGAUAACGGUUCAAUUAAUUUUAUCUCUUACCCAAAAUUGAUUAAUUGCAUACUAUUCCCUUACUAGUAAUUUUCUAAAAUUUCGUAUUUGAUAAUGAUACGUAUGUUCUAUUUAUCGCUAAUACGUAUCGUAUACAUCAUCUUUAAUUUAUGGUGCAGCUGUAAUUACUUUGGUUAUUCAUUAAAGAGAAAAAUACCAAAAUAGCACUAAAUCAAGUUUUUGUUCGCAAACUAACACUCAAAGCCAAAAAUUACAAAAAUAGCACUCAAGGAGUGGGGUUUAGGGUUUAGAGUUUAGGGUUUAGGGUUUAAAGUUUAGGUUUUAGGGUUUAGAGUUGAGAAGUGAGGUUUUGGGGAUAAGAUUUUAAAUUUUGAAAAAUAAAAAAAUUUAAAUUUUUCAAAAGAUAAAAUGCUAUUUUGGUCAUUUUAGUUUUUGAGUGUUAUUUUUGUGAUAUAAACUUAGAAAGGUGUUAUUUUGGAGAUUUGCCCUUCAUUAAAUCUUUCUUUUUAUUUUGCUUGUAAUGGUCACAAAUCGUUCAUGUAUCUACAUUGUCAAUUUAGUAAUACCAAUGUAUAGUAUAUCAAAAAACUGACCCGCACAGAAUUCCGAAAGUGUUUUAAAAAUAUAUUUUUAAAAAGGUAGUUUAGAUUCUUUCCUAUGGAAAAAAUGAAUAUGAAAAAAAGUCUGGCAAUUCCUUUAUUAAUAGAGAAGAUGUAGAGGAGAGAAGAAGCAUCAAAGUUUCAUUUUCUUCACUUAAAACCUCAAAAAAAAACUCCAGAGGGCUCUUCACGAGAGAACUCUUUCUCUUUCCCAUAAUAUCUUUCAUCGUCAUCAUCACCAUCACCGUCAUGUGUAACACAUCAACAACACCACCUACCACCGCCGGCACUAGCACGGCCGUGUCUGAGAACCAACAAUCUCGAACAGGAGUCUUACUCGAUGUCUUGUCGACCAAAACCUUCGAACAUCCCACGAAGCAAAGUCUCCGGCAUUGCGAGAACAUAAGAUCUCCUGUCAUGUCCGAAGCUGUAACGGAGGCGAAGUCUCUCUUCACGCUGGCUUUCCCGAUCGCCGUAACAGCUCUAGUCCUCUACCUUCGCUCCGCCGUCUCCAUGUUUUUCCUAGGUCGUCUAGGUGACCUCGAAUUAGCCGCCGGUUCACUCGCCAUUGCGUUUGCUAACAUAACCGGUUACUCUGUUUUAUCCGGUUUAGCACUCGGUAUGGAACCACUCUGUUCUCAAGCCUUUGGUGCUCACCGCUACAAACUCCUCUCACUCACCCUCCAUCGAACCGUGGUUUUUCUCUUGGUUUGCUGCGUACCGAUCUCGGUUCUCUGGCUCAACGUCGGUAAAAUCUCGGUUUACCUUCACCAAGACCCCGACAUCGCACAACUAGCUCAGACAUAUCUCAUCUUCUCCUUACCCGAUCUCAUCACCAACACUCUCCUUCACCCAAUAAGAAUCUACCUUCGCGCUCAAGGCAUCAUCCACCCCGUCACCCUAGCCUCUCUCUCCGGCGCCGUUUUUCACUUACCCGCUAAUGUUUUCCUCGUCUCUUACCUCCGACUAGGUUUAACAGGCGUCGCCGUCGCCUCCUCCGUCACCAACCUCUUCGUAGUCGCGUUCUUGAUAUGCUACGUCCGAGCAAGUGGUCUCCACGUGCCCACUUGGUCCGACCCGACCCGGGACUGUUUCCGAGGAUGGGCUCCUCUGCUCCGCCUCGCGGGACCGAGCUGCGUCUCCGUGUGUUUGGAGUGGUGGUGGUACGAGAUCAUGAUCGUUCUUUGCGGGCUGCUCGUGAACCCAAGAUCGACGGUGGCGGCCAUGGGCGUUUUGAUACAGACGACGUCGUUUCUCUACGUCUUUCCGUCUUCUCUGAGCUUCGCCGUCUCCACUCGCGUCGGGAACGAGCUUGGAGCGAACCGUCCCAAGACGGCGAAGAUUUCGGCGACGGUGGCUGUCGUAUUCGCGGCGGUGACAGGGAUCACGGCGGCGGCGUUUGCUUACUCAGUCAGAAAUGCUUGGGGGAUGGUUUUCACUAAAGACGACGAUAUUCUUCGGCUAACAGCGGCGGCGCUUCCGAUAUUGGGGUUGUGCGAGAUCGGAAACUGUCCUCAGACGGUAGGUUGCGGCGUCGUGAGGGGGACGGCACGGCCGUCUACAGCGGCGAACGUGAACCUUGGCGCGUUCUAUCUUGUGGGCAUGCCGGUGGCUGUGGGUCUUGGGUUUUGGGCCGGAGUUGGGUUUAAUGGGCUUUGGUUAGGACUUCUUGCUGCGCAGAUUAGUUGCGCCGGGCUAAUGAUGUACGUGGUGGGGACCACUGAUUGGGAAGCGGAGGCUAAGAAGGCGCAGUCGCUAACAUGCGCAGACUCUGUGGAGAACGACCUUAUAAAGACGGUGGUCAGUACUAUGUGUGACGACGGUGAGAGCGAUGAGAGACAGCCGUUGAUUCGAAUCACAGUACUUCAUUAAUAAAAAUAUUUAUUAUAUAAUUAAUUUGAUUAUAACUAUAAUUAUUUUCUCCUCUCUUUUAAUAGAAAGAGAAAGUUUUGUCUUUCUUGAAUAUAUUAACAUUUCUUCCUUUUUUGUACUUUUAGCUUCUUUUUUUUGUUUCUCUCCUUUAUUUUUUAUGCCCUUAUGAUUGGCCGGUUCUAGUGCAUUUUGAUUUUUGCGUUUAGUUUCUACAUAUGCCAAUGUUUUAAUUUGUGUGUUAUCUAAAUAAAUGCAAAAAUAAUCACAUGAAAAUUUAAAAAACGUUAAUUUGAGGCAAAAGAUGUUGGGGCCUUUGACAAAAAACAAGAUGUUGGACCAUAUAGCUGGAGCGACAGAGAAUUCAGAAAAUAUUUUUAUUUUUAAAUAUUUGUAAAAAAAAGAUAGUAUAGAGGGAAAUAACUAAAAAUAGUUGAAAAUGAAAUAAGAUAAAAUAAAAAGUCUUAAUAAAUAGGAAAAAUACGUGUUAUGGCCCUUAUGGGUGAUUAAAAGGAAAGGGAG